AGUAGCCAUCCCUGUCAUUGUUGUCCUUUUUUUUUUCUCUCCCUCCUAGUUACAGAGUUGUUCAUGUCACCAGCUAUUUAGCAGACGUAAUGCAUGUUUAGACUUUAUUACAGAAUCACAUUCAGAUUAGAUGUUAAUUCCUAGUGGAUUUAGAACAUUUCCCUAAGGUUUUUUUUUAUGGUUAAACUCUAUAGGAAACCUUAAAAGGGAAGUAACAAGUCAAUUCGUGUUGUCAUGCCAUGAGUCGUGCACAGAGAGAAAGGAAAUGACUUAACGCUCUCAUCUGUCAUUGGUGAUGUCCCUUGACAAACUAGCUCUCUUAUCUACAGCGUCCUUGAAAGUGGAACGUCCUCAACACAGGAGAUCCCCUUUCAUUUAAGUGUGAGCAUGGGCGCUGUACUGUUGGCAGUAAUAACCCUGGGAGUAAUGGUUAGCUAUUCGGAACCACAGACCACGCGCUCAACUCAGCGAAUUGUUGUGGGCCAGGCUAUCGUCAGUGGUAAGGUGGCCAGCAGUGAUGCCCUUCCAGUGACCACGACACCCUCGAUGCCCUCCGCCACCCCGACGCCCACCUGGAACACGUCUCUGCUUUGUCGUCACUUGGCCAACCUCACGGGUCCUCAAGGGAGCGCGGCCCCGCCGACAUUAGAGUCACUAGAGGCCAAGUGUUUCCCAGGAUUUGUGUGCGUCAAUGGUUAUUGCACUGGAGGUAUGAGCUGCAAGUGCAACGAGGGGUGGGCAGGGCUCUUCUGUCAGGACCUGUGCCCCAGCAAGUGUGUCCCCGAGGGGACAUGCGUGACCAGCACCUCCAACCAGGCCAUCUGCUUGUGCAACAGCACUUCGAAGUACGUGCCGGACGUGGGCUGUGUGAUGAAGGGUCCAGAUGACUCCACCACAACUACUGAGCCGACCAGUACCGUUGAUCCCAAUCUGCGGUCCAAGGCAGAGCGUGAGUGCUUCGGCUCCAUUGAGUGCAUCCAUGGAUACUGCGACAUCGGAUCCAUGCAGUGUCUCUGUGACCCCGGCUGGAAAGGUCAACUGUGCAAUGAGAAAUGUGAUCUUAACUGUGGACCACAUGGGCGGUGCCGAGAAAACAGUGAGUACACCAUGUUCUGUGCCUGCGACACCGGCUACACCGGCGCCAACUGCCAGACCAACACGCUCAGCAACGUCAGCUCCACGGCGGGUCCGUCGACGCAUGCCUCCAUGCAAGACGGCAACGCCAACAGCAUGUGGUACUCUGGGGACUCGCCCAAGCAGGACACGCCUUCCACCUCCACGUCAACAUCGACGACCUCCGUGGCGCCAACGGACAGCACCUCCACGAAGCCCACGGACAUCACCACCUCGGCGCCCACCGACAGCACCUCCACGGCGCCCAGAGAGACCACCUCAGCGGCUGCGAAUGCCACGGCUGCAAGCACCAUGACAACAGAAGCCGCAGUUAAGCCAAGAACGUUGGAGGAUCGACAGUGUCUCCCCAACAUAAUAUGUCAGUUUGGCUACUGUUACCGUGGUGAUGGCAACAUGUUCUGCUUGUGUGACCCAGGCUUCGGUGGCAUGCUGUGUGGUGAGACUUGUCCAGUCGACUGUGGUAGGUACGGGUCCUGUGCCAUGGCAGGUGGGAAGCCUUUCUGCAGGUGUCUUAAAGGCUACAGCGGUGUACCGUGCAAACCUUCAUUGUCCGGUACCAGCAAGAGUCCUGACUCAUCAGUUAUAUCAAAACCGAGUGUUAAACAGAAACCCAUUAAGAAUUUUAACCUGUCCGAGAUAUUUGACCCAUGGAAAGAGAUUCCUGGAUACGGCCCUCUUCAGUCUUUAGCGCUGAGAGCUUGUACACCUGGCUUCAUUUGUCAGUACGGGAACUGUUCAACCAACCCGGAAGUGCUAGAGUGUGAAUGUCAAGAGAGUUUUACAGGUGUUUUCUGUGAUACUCCUUGUCUCUUGGACUGCGGGCCCCACGGGAAAUGUGAGAUCAACAAGGAGACCAGGGAGGAGGAGUGCUUUUGUUUCGAUGUUGGCUACACGGGACACAACUGUUCUGAGAUCCGUCCAGAGGAGCAAGAAGCGGCGUUCCCCUGGGCGGGUGUGGCUGUGGCUCUGAGCCUGUUGUUCCUAACGGUGCUGGUGCUGAUGCUGCUGCCUUACUACCUGUGGAAGAAACGAAACAUAACCAUGAUGAGCUUCGUUCAUUGGCUGCAGCCGUUCGAGGAAGAUGAUGGUCGUCAGUACGAUGCUUUUGUUUCCUAUGCCUCUGCUGACCUUGACCGUCAGUUCGUGAUUCAAACCCUGGUCCCACGACUCGAGGGCCGGAUGUGCUUUACUUUGUGCAUACAUCAGAGAAACUUUGUCCCAGGACUUUUGUCCACCUUUUCGUUCGGGUCUCACGCAGAUAUAACAGAUAAUAUUACUGAAUCUGUGAAGAAGAGUCGACGAACGCUCCUCAUCAUCAGCCCAGCCUAUAUCUCCAGCGGUUGGUGCAAAUUUGAAUACCAGAUGGCGCUGCAAGAAAUGCUGACGGAGAAACACAGAAUACUUCCCAUCAUUCUAGGGGACGUCAGUCACUUAGCAGACGAGACAGAUGAGACGCUCAGUGCAAUAUUGAAAUCUGUCACGUGGUUAGAAUAUCCUGGGAAAGACGCCAGUGAACAGGAAACUGAAAGAUUUUGGAAGCGUCUAGAACUAUCGUUGCCAAAGAAAAGACCAGGGCAAUCUGAGCCUCUGGCCAGCCAGACUUGCCUCGUGGCUCCGUCCAUUAGCUCCAAGGCAGACCUGGUGGAGCCGGAAGAGAAAAAAGCGCCUCUAGUGUUGCGGUCCUUCAAACAUCAGAGCCUACCUGGCCUUCCAUUCCAACAGAUUGUCCGCGUUCCCGCCAACGAUUUAGAGAGCACGUCAAGCAUGUCCGAGACGCUCUGUAUUCGUCUGGGCAAACUUCUGAGCACCUCCAGAGAGGAUGACCUCGAGUCACAAGACGUGACCUCAAGCCAGCUGGCGCUUGACCCCUACUAUGUCUCCCCUUCUAAGAUGGAGCCACCUCUGCCUGACUACGAUUCGGAUCUUAAAAUGCCGCUGACGAACAACAAUCAUGUAGGAGAUGGCUUGCUUCUCGAAAAGUCGCCAGCCGGCAUGGAUAUAUACUCAGCGCCACCGUCUGCGGCAAUCAAAGAAUUUGAAAGCAAAGACAUGUCAGCACUGGAUAAUUAUCUUGGCGAUCAGACACUCGUUCGGCAGCUCGCAGUUUGAUAUAGCCUUCUUAAAGGCCGAAAAAAAAUAUGUUUAAACUUUCUGCGCCAAAGAGGGAAUAGCUGGUAUCUGUAAUUUUAAACCUCACGGUGUUUAAAAAUCUGGCCAACUAGAUGGCAUUGGCUGCACGUGAAGUUGGUUCAACAUGGUCAUAUCAGUAAACAUGACAAUGAAACACAGCCGACUAAUAUUGGUUUAAAGCUACAUUUUUAGCCACCAUCAUUUUUAACUUUUGAAAACUUCUUUCUUUAUGCCUAUUCUCUUUUUUUAAUUGUAUAGUCACAUAAUCGUUAAAGAGAAUCUCUCUUAAUUGCAUCAAAUGUAUCAAGUGCACCAUGUCCAAAGGAACACAUUCCGUCAUGCAUUGAUGUAAAUGAUUUAUAGUUAUAUAUGUAUGUAGGGAUGUUAUUGUGUUCAAACACCUUAAUGAUAUACAUAUUUAUUUGAUGAGUGGUCAUCUAGGUCGGCUCCUAAGUCCUAAUUGCCCGCUGAAGCGGGUGAAAUAUUGAUAGGGGCAGGGCACUAAAAUGGGAAAGGUGUUUCAUUAUUUAAAAAAAAAAGAGGUUGGGAGUGAUCAUUAAUAGAAAAAAAGUGUAGGGGAGUGUUCAUUUUAUAAAACAAUGCGGCGGUAUCAUACACACCCUAUUGUUCUUAUUUCCUGGUGUUGAAACGAUUGUAGUUCUUUUGUUGUCAGUCCCACAAUGUUAUGAGUGUUACAAUUUAACCUUCUACAACUCUACAUCAUGCAUUAUUUUUGUAACUUAUUGAAAACUUCAUUAUUAUUAUUAAUUUAAUAUCAUUUUAUCAUGUUUGCACUUGUAGUGGGUUUUAUUUUUAUUAUCAACUCCAUGUUUUCUUUUAUAAAAUACAUUGUAUAUUUCUAAAA